GUUCCUGGGUAGAACUCCACUUCAGCAGUAAUGGAAACGGCAGCGGUAAUGCUGGCACUCCGACGAGCCAGGAACAAGUACCAGCCUCUAUUUCCAUCCACAACGGUGACAUGGAGAAAAUACUCCUUGAUGCCCAACACGAAUCUGGAAGAAGCAGUUCAAGAGAAAGUUCACAUUGCGACAGCCCUCCUCGUUCCCAGACGCCUCAGGACAGUCACAGAGCUUUGGAAAUCGAGAGUCACAGCAGUGGAGAAAAGAACAGCUUCCAGUCUGAAGAAGAUUUCCUGGAAAGGAGGAGAGAAGUAGAAAGGCUGCUGAAGAAGAAUGCGGACUGGAUAUGGGAUUGGUCCAGCAGGCCCGAGAACAUCCCCCCCAAGGAGUUCCUUUUUAAACAUCCCCGCCGCACGGCUACUCUCAGCAUGAGAAAUACCAGUGUAAUGAAGAAAGGUGGCAUAUUCUCAGCCGAAUUUUUGAAGGUUUUCCUUCCAUCUCUGCUGCUUUCUCAUUUGCUUGCCAUUGGACUAGGGAUCUACAUUGGGAGACGCCUCACAACCACCGCUUCCAGCAGCACGUUUUAA